UUUAGGACACGGGACCCAGAACCAGAUGGUCCGGAGGAGACGCGCCAGCCCCCGCCGCAGCUGCCGGAGCGGUGAAGCCCCGGCGCGCCGCAGGGACUGAUCCAGCCCGGCCGGGCAGCGCCGCGGGGCCGUGCCCAGGCCAGAGACUGCGGCAGGGUCUGGAGCCCCCCACCCCGACGGCGGCAGCUUGACCCUCUGCCGGGGGGGGCCCCCUGCGUCGUUUCCUCCUCCCCGCAUCCCCCUUUGCUUUCAUGCAACGCCUGGUGGCCUGGGACGCAGCAUGCCUCCCCAUCCAGCCGCCCGCCUUUAAAUCCAUGGAAGUGGCUAAUUUCUAUUACGAGGCGGACUGUCUGGCUGCUCUCAACAAGCUGCACCCGCGGGCGGCCGGGGGCCGCUCCAUGACCGAGCUCACCGUCGGGGACCACGAGCGAGCCAUCGACUUCAGCCCGUACCUGGAGCCUUUGGCGUCGCAGCCGCCGCCUCCCGCGGCAGCAGCAGGGGGCAACUUUGAGCCUCCGUGCAGCAGCGGCGCCGGCCAAGAUUUCCUUUCCGAUCUCUUCGCCGAGGACUAUAAAGGCAGCGGCGGCAGCAAGAAGCCCGACUACACCUACAUCAGCCUCGCCCGGCACAGCCACCCCUGCGCCAGCCAGAGCCACAAGCCGGGGGGGCUGCCGGGCUGCUUCCCGCCCCAGAUCGUGGAAACCAAAGUGGAGCCGGUCUUCGAGACCCUGGACUCUUGCAAAGGGCCCCGUAAGGAAGAAGGGGGCGCGGGGCCGGGACCGGGGGGCAUGUCCUCGCCCUACGGCAGCACCGUGCGCUCCUACCUGGGUUACCAGUCGGUGCCGAGCGGCAGCAGCGGGAACCUGUCCACCUCGUCCUCCUCCAGCCCCCCCGGCACCCCCAACCCCUCCGAGUCCUCCAAGUCCGCCGCCGCCGGCGGGGGCUACUCCGCCGCCCCGGCGGGCAAGAACAAGCCCAAGAAGUGCGUGGACAAGCACAGCGACGAGUACAAGCUCCGCCGGGAGAGGAACAACAUCGCGGUGCGCAAGAGCCGCGACAAAGCCAAAAUGCGCAACCUGGAGACGCAGCAUAAAGUCUUGGAACUGACGGCCGAGAACGAGCGGCUGCAGAAGAAGGUGGAGCAGCUCUCCCGGGAGCUGAGCACCCUCAGGAACUUGUUCAAACAGCUGCCCGAGCCCCUGCUCGCCUCCUCGCCGCGCUGCUGACCCCCGGCCGGGGCGAGCGGAGCCGCCGGCCCCGCUCCGCGCUCCUGGGGCCGGGCCGAGGGGGGCGAGAGCCCGCGGCGGGCGGGCGGGUUUGGUUUUCAUUUGUGUUGUUGUUGGAUUUUUUUUUUUUGUUUGUCUUUACCGACAUGUUGGCGGAAGGCUCCGCCGCCGCGCGGGGUCUGAGCGGGGCCGGGGCUGCAGCGGGGCGGGCGCGGAGGGGGCGCGGAGGGACCCCGGCCCCGGCCCGGGCGGGCUCUGCUGGGCGCUGGGUUAUUUAAAAGAGCGAGAGGAGAGCAAGGGCAAAGUGAUGCAAUCCUUUAAGCAUGGCUGGGAAUGCUGUGUACAUGAUGCAAUCUCGUGUAACUGUCAGUCAUGGAUUGAGUAAUCUGUUAAAGAUGUUCCUACAGUUUUUUUAUUAUAAAGAAUAAUCUAUUUCUAUAAGAAAAUACAUAUGUAUAUUUUGGGAUCUAUGCAUUCUUGCUACAUUUGAAGCAUUAAUGAACAAUUUUAAUAAACUUUAUGACUAGGUUAA